AUGGCGUCCACAAUCCUCCCCCUCGAGCUCGUCGACCGGUGUAUUGGCAGCCCUAUCUGGGUUGUCAUGAAGAACGAGCGCGAGUUUACAGGGACUCUGAUGGGAUUUGACGACUACGUCAACAUGGUGCUCAAAGACGUCAAGGAAUACGAGGUCACAGCGCAGGGCAUCGUCGAGACCGCCCUCGGGCAAACGCUGCUGAACGGCAACAACAUCGCCAUGCUCGUCCCCGGCGGCAAGGGGCCCAAGGCAUAA